GAGGAAAAAGAUGUUGAAAAGAUGGAGAAAAAUGAACGAGAAGAUACAGAAGAUAAUGGUUCCUGGGAAGAAGAUGAAAUUAAUGAAAGCCAUCAAAGGAGAAAAAAGAAGGUUGGCUGUUCAUACCUAGGAAAUUCUGGAUGGGGUUAUUGCACCUGGAGAUGGGCACCUGCUAGAUUAUUUUUAGCUAAUGGCCCCAUUUCAAGUUCUAAAUUGAACCAGAAGAUAAUGGUUCUAGGCUAUCGAAAUGCAUUUACCAAAUGA